GAAGACGCAGACGAUUAUGACGAAGACGACGACGGCGGCGAAGAUGACCUGGACGCACCGCUGUUGCCCAUCUUCUCGGCCGCACACUUAGACAAGCUGCCCUUGUACAACAUUACCCACUCCUGUCGCAUUCUGAUAGUGCAGAAAUGCGAGACUACUCUCACUUGGGACCAACUGCGAUCGCCCCAAGUCUCUCAGUUCUUGGUCAAACCCAUCCAAUCGCAAAUCCGCAAAGAUCACUUCAAUCGAGCGACCAUCUGCGCUCUCAUUGCAAACUGUUUGCAGUUCCAGAAAGAGGCACAACAAGAUGCAGGAAAUGCCGGUGUGAGCAAGACAAGGGCAAUGGUCUCGGAAUUGCUGGCCAUUCGCCUGCUGAAGGACUUUAAUCUUCGCGAAUUGAUUGAUGCCCUGAGCUACGACUUCAACCCACUUGAAGGGUUCGACGCUCCCGAGGGAGGCGCUCAGUUGAGGCAGUACAACAGGUCUGCGCGUAUUUCAACCGUCGAGAUCGCCAUUCGUGCUCAGGCUAAGCGCUUCCUCGCCCACCCGCUGGUCGUACAACAGCUCGAGGCCAUCUGGGCAGGAAGCAUCGUCUUUCACUCAGCCGCCGACAACCUCCACCGCAAGCCGCCUACACCUCCUCCGACCAGAGGACGAAGUGGCUAUGGCACAAUUGUAAACAACUCUGACCCACAGCCAGCAUCCACCAACAACUCACAACCUACCCUUAGACGAAGCGUCACCCUCUACAACCCUAAGGAUGCUUCGCUGUUCAAGCUGUCUCGCCUUAGGGUACCUCGCUACAGACAGCUGUUCUCUACCAUCUCUUUCGCCAUCAUGCUAGGCUUGUUCUUGGCUGUCUUGGUUGAUCGUUCUACUGAGAUUACUCCACUUGAGAUUAUUUUCUGGUUUUGGAGUGCUGGAUACAUGCUCGAUGAACUCGUUGGUUUCUCCGAGCAAGGCUUCGGUCUUUACAUUAUGAGUGUGUGGAACGCUUUCGACUUGGGUAUCUUGCUUUGCUUCUUCGCCUACUACGUACUCCGCCUCUACGGUAUCUUGAUACCUGCUGCACGCAAGCAUUAUACUGCGCACAUGGCUUACGAUGUUCUGGCAUCUACUGCUGUACUGCUGUUUCCACGUGCAUUCAACGUCUUGGAUCAUUACAAGUACUUUUCUCAACUGCUCAUCGCUUUCCGUCUCAUGGUUCAGGACAUGAUUGCUCUCCUGGUGCUCAUAUUCAUUGCCUGUAGUGGUUUCUUUGUUGCAUUCACGCUAUCAUUCAGCGAAGAGAAGGCAGAAGCGUCCAAGGUUGCAUAUGCAUUAUUCCAGCUGACCAUGGGUUUCACUCCCGCCGCCUGGGAUCUCUGGCCAAAGUACAACCUCUUAGGCAAAGCCGUCUUGGUUGGCUUUCUCUUCCUCUGUCACUUCCUCAUUGUGACAAUUCUCAUCACUGUUCUGACAAACUCGUUCAUGGCUAUCGUCCAAAAUGCCAAUGAGGAGCAUCAGUUCCUCUUUGCUGUCAACACUAUCUCUAUGGUCAAGUCGGACGCUCUAUUCUCAUACAUCCCGCCCACGAAUCUGUUUGGUUGGGUAGUGUCGCCAAUGCGCUACCUUAUUCCAUUCCGAAAAUUUGUCAGAUUCAACAGAACCAUCAUCAAAAUCACACACCUCCCGAUGUUGUUCGCCAUAUUCACUUAUGAACGCUUGUUCCUUGUGCGCAACGCGUACACUCCUAUGGAUCUUGUCGAGCAAAAGGCACCUAGAAGAGGUCGUCUACCAGCCUUCACCAUGAAGAAUGCAGGUCCUUUCAGCCCUGGCACUCGUCUUCGUGAACCGUCCAUUGUUUCUUUCCACAAAGACCGUGCCUUGGAGGAAGUCUUCCGCCGACCAUUCGACAUGACAACAAGGACGAUAUCUCAGCACUCGAACCCCGACCAACGAAAAGCGACUGUUGUAGACAAUUGGAUGCAAGAUAUGGGUGAUGAGGGAGGUGCAAGUCCUCCAAUGGAACAGCCACGCUCUGUCUUGGAGAGACUGGAGAACCGCAGACCAGGCAUCCGUCGCGCUCAUACGUCCGCCAACAGGACUGCUACAAUCAAGCGCGACUUUUCCACGGCUUCCAGAUCUGUCUUGUCUGACCCCGAAGAUCUUGCUUCCACAAUCUUCCCGAGACCUACACCAAUGCGCAUUGAGGAAGAGACUGAUCUGGAGAUGGAACGCGAGGAUAUGCCUCAAGAGACGGAUGCUGAUGGUGAUGACGAGCUUCUGACCAACGACGGUGAUAACAUUACAGCCACUGGUUAUGACCGAACGCCGACGGGCACUCCAGAUCUUAUCGAGAGGAAAGAUCCGUCUCCAGACAAACCCAAAGCAAAGGACUAUUUCGAGGGAGCGGACUUCCAGACUGCAAGUUCUGUUCCAAACGCUACGAGAGCACGCCUCAUGAGUGGGGAGCACAAACGUGAGGGUCACCGCCGUGAUGUGUCGCACGGUACUAUGGUCUUCUCGCCGAUUGUGGAGCAGGGAUACACAUCAUCUGCCUCUGAACACGUACCCAAGCGCCCUACCACAUCCAAACAGAACAGCGGCAGUUCAACACCGUUGGCCCCAAUAACAUCUCAGUCCAGUGGUCGUAAGACACCACGUACGACCAACCCCAGCAGGGUACGUCCCAACAUGCCCAAUCGACUCGCACAAUAUACUGCACCCAACAUACGCUUCGAUCGUUUCGGCGACUCGACACGUCGUGCAAACAGGCAGCCAUCUUUCAAUGCUCUCGCCCUUGACUUGGCAUCCGACUUUGGCGAUCAUCACCGUCGUGAAAUGACUCCAGAGCCGUUGUCGCCAGGCUAUCAACCUAGCAUCCCAGCAAGCUUCAGUGAGCAGAUGCUCCGCGAACGUGAAAUGGCUCUGGACAAGGAACGUCGCCGUCAAGAACAGCGGCGUCGUAGCCAAGAGGAAGAAAAGGGCAUGGUGGGCAGAAUCAUGCUGACACGCAUGAACACACUCGAGGAAGGUUUCCGAGAAAUUCUUCGCGAGGUGCGUGACUUG